AUGCAGCAGCCCCCGUGGAUGCCUAUCCCAAUAAUUAUCAUCAGCAUUGUGGCGGCGUUGCUGCUGCUGUACUUUGUGGUGGGGAGUAUCGUGCGGUACCACAAGGGCAUGCGGCACUUCCCAGAGGUGCUGCCGAAUUACCGCUGCUGGUGCGGUCUGGCGCGCGGUGUUCUAGUGGUGCUGACGUGCGGCCGCUACUCGUCGCAUGGCGUCCAGCACGGAGGCGCGUACAGCAGCAGCGGCGGACGCCGCGUGUUCUCUUCCACGCUGCCCAGCCGGCCGCGUCAGGCCCGCGACGUCACGUUCGAGGCGCUGCAGAGCGACUGGGACGAGGAGUUCACUGGGGAGGUGGAAGCGGCCAUGCAACCGUCAGCCGCAGUGACGGUGCGCCGGCCCACGUGA